AUGGAAAAGGAUGAAUUUCGUGUCUUAAUUAAACAUUACUUUUUGCGCAAAAAAACCAUUACCGAAACGAAAAAUGCACUCGAUAAGCAUUAUCCGGACUCUGCACCAGCAACUGCAACGAUCCAUAAGUGGUUUACUGAAUUCAAAUGCGGUCGCACGAGUACCAGCACCGUACCGAGUCCAGGUCGGCCAAAAGAGGUAGUUAUUGAUGAGACGGUUAAAAAAUUACAUAACCUGGUACUUGGCGAUCCGAAGCUAAAAGUACGUGAAAUUGCUGAGACAACCGGUAUAUCGCAUGGUUCAGUGUUUAAAAUUUUGCAUGAGCAUUUGAAAUUGAAAAAGCUAUUCGCACAUUGGGUACCGCAGACGCUUAAUCUGGACCAAAAAGAGGAACGCGCCAAUAUUGCCCAGCAAAAUUUGAAACGAUUUAAAUUGAAUCCAAAAGAAUUUUUGACUCGAUUUAUAACAGUUGAUGAGAUGUGGAUACAUUACUUUGACUCGGAAGAAAAAUUGAAUCAACUGCAUUUUGAAGUGCUUCCACAUCCAAACAAUGCACCGGACUUGGCCCCCAGCAAUUAUCAUUUGUUACCGAACUUGAAAAAAUGGUUUAGUGGAAAGAAAUUCUAUUCAAAAGAUGAACUUAUCACCGAAACAAACGCAUAUUUCGAUAGAUUCGUUUCUGAAUAUUAUGAAGAAGGUAUAAAUAUGUUAGAGAGCCGCUGGACCAAAUGUAUUGAAUCGGAAGGUGAUUAUGUCGAUGAUUAA